UAGGGAAUAUCGCAGAUUUUGGUCAUAAAUAGGGUGAGGGUUUUGGGAAGCGGGCCGCACACCGCCACCCAAUUUUUCCGGGAGUACCUCCGGGCCUUUAAUCAUCACCUCACUUCAUAUUGGUUAUGUUGCUUACGCUAAUAAUAAUAAUAACAAUAAACGAACGAGAAUCCCGCUUAUAAAGCCAAUAAUCUAUUCUUUAUAUUUUAGAUUCACUAUAGAAACCGUCUUUUCCACGAAGAGUUAUGCAAUUUACUUUCCACGGACGACCCUCAAAAAUGUCCAUGUCAAUAAACCUAAUUGGCCAAUUACUUCAUCAACCUGCAACAACGAAACAACUAGGCGAUUUCAGUCUCCGUUUUUGAGCUAAUGGUUAACAACUCCAAAGCUCAAAUUUAAUUAUCUUUACACACGUCGACCAAUGCAAGGUUAUCUCCCGCUAAGGCAAUUAAACAUCUAAUAACACAAAAUUAGCGCUGUCUUACUAUUUGUAACAUCUUAGAAUUUGCUUGAAGUCACACCGUUUGGACCGGUAAAGAUGGAUGACUGCAGGCCCCUAAAUUCAUUUUUACUAAUGUUUCCGAUGUCCGAUGUCCGAUCUCCGAACAUUGUUGGUCUGUUGUCACGGGAACGUUGUGUUCUGAGGGAAAUAUGGCUCCUUAUAUGUGGUAUACCUCCCCUGAGAAGAAAAUUACAUAUUGCGCUGUGCAUCUGAGCUCACAGUUUCAUAGAACCGGGAGUUCUUAGCGUCAAGACCGUCAAACUCAGCCGCAGAGAAACACUGAAGAGAAAUGGCCACUCAGUGGAGGAUUGCUGUGGUGACCUUCCUGAUGUUUUUUAUUCUGUUUGAGGACGCAAGACCUGUCCAUGCCGGAAAACGAUGCAACGGUUGUGACUUCGACUUUGAAUGCGAACAUUCAAAAAAAGGAGAAGUGUGUGGUUGGAUACCAGAUGGUGAAGCUUUUAAGAAUCAGCCGACCUUUGGUGAUAACCCUAAAGCUCGUGCCAGAGAGCCCUCCAGACACCAGGGUGACCAUUUUAUUGGAGGUUACGAGAACAGGCAAACCCCAGAUGAUCCAGCCGGAGCAAUUCAAGGAGACGGGCCCCAAGGAAAUCUUACCUCCCCGACAUUUAGAAUAAUAGGCACGUACAUAUCCUUCCUGAUUGGAGGAGGUUGCGAUCAAAGGUUUGUUCGCGCAGAGUUGCUUGUUGAGGAAAAGAAGGACUAUUUCCGGGUGCGUGAGACAGCGACCGGUGAAUGCAGCGAGACUAUGAUCACUAAGACCUGGGAUGUCGCCGCUCACAAAGGCAAACGCGCUCAAGUCAGAUUGGUUGACCGCAGCUCUGCUGGGUGGGGUCAUAUCAACUUUGAUGAUCUGAGAGGCGAUAUUCGCUGUUAGUAAUUAAAAGGAAGGCAAAACUUCGUCCUAUUUGCGAGAGACACUCUCUCGAACAGUAUGAAGAAAUGGAAAUAAAGAUGUAGUCGUAGAACUGGUUAGACAUGAGGGAAAAAUUAUGUUGUAAGGUGCUAAAGAUGUGGGAAAUAAACUUUGACUUGAAAAUGUCA